AUUAUUGUUGAUGGAAUAAUUUCUUUAAAAUUACUAUAUAAAAACAUUUUAUUUUAAUAAUAUAACGACGAUUUCAAAACAAAAUUUAGUAUGGACACCCUCUUGGUACUUGUUCUUGAUCUGUUAUUUUUCUCCUGUUUCGUACGAGCACAGUUACCGGAACUAAAUCAAUGCCCACCAGAGGACCCUAAUUGCCACCCUUGGUGUAUAGAAUACGUCAACAAAUGCCGAGUGUGCCGGUGUAAAAAGGGCUUUGACAAUCAAGGAACUGGCGACAAAACUUCUUCUUGGGGUGGAUUUAACACAGACUUGGGGGGCGGGGGAUUUGGAGGCAGUGACGGAGAUUCUUUAUCUUCUUUGGAAGAAAAAUGGGGAAGCAUUGGAGGAGAGAGCUGGGGGUCAAAAGGAAAUGAUGACAAAACUAACAUAAUCAUUAUUGAGAAAGAGAAGAAACCGGAAGUGGGCAUGAUGUCAUUUCCGGGUUCUUCUUUCGCGGGAAAGUCGCCAUUUCAAAUGAACGGGCCCUCACCUGUAAUGAUGAAGUUCCCUCCUCGAAGAAAUUCUAUCCCCUCCGGUUGUACACCUAAAAAUGUUCCGUUAGUGAGUCCAGGGGUCCCCAGAUACUGCGUCACGGGGCUCAUCAUUGAUUGUCCACGUGAUUGUGUCGUCACGGACGAGUUCGGGUGUAAAUCUUGUCCUUGUGCACCAGCUGUAAAAGCUUGGAUGCCUGUCUGUGAAAACGCUCCAGCAGCAAAACCUCAGAAAGUGAACAGUUGUAUUGGAACCAAACUGUGUAUCAUGUCAUGUAAAGGAGAGGCCAAAAUAGGGGAAACUGGUGCAGAUGGCUGUCAGAAGUGCACGUGCAUCAAAAGAGAAAACAAUCUUGUUCCCAAAACAACAACAACGACAACAACGACGACACCCAAACCUACAACAAAGAACAUCAUGGAGUGCACUAAACUGAUCACGUGUAUGAUCAAAUGUAAAGAUACCGGAUAUGACAUAGGAAACACAAAGUCUGAUGGAUGCCCCAACUGUCGAUGCAAAGAUAAGACAUCAAACAACAACAGUAACAACAAUAACAACAACAACAUCAACAACAAUGGUGGAGGCGGGAUGCAGACCUGGACAGCCGGAAGUGGUGGCAUGGGGAUGAACGGGAUGAACACUGGAAUUGGUAGCGGAAUGACAGGAAGCGGAAAUAGUAUUCUAAACAAUGUGGGUAGUGGUACAGGUUCCGGGGGAGGGGACAAGUGUCAGUUUCCUCUGUGUAUAAGCGGCAGCUCAGGAGGGGGUGGUAAUCCUAUGAUGCCCUCUGCUGGAUCAAGCGGCGGAUCCAGCGGCGGGUGUGCGGGUCCGUUCUGUGCCAGUAUGACUGGAAGUGGUUCAGGAGGAGGCAUGGGAAUGGGAGGCGGAUCCGGUGGUAUGAUGAUGGGAGGUGGUGGCGGUGGUGGAUCUGGGGGGAACGGACCGUUUAAGGCAUCGCUGAGUUCCGCCGCCGCAGCAAGUGGAGGUAUGGGUAGUGCUAUGAAAUCUCCGUUCAUGGCGGCGGCAAGUGGAGGAGGAGGGGCAGGUCAUAAUCCAAUGCAAGGACCAAUGUUAUCAAUGUGUCCAGGGGCGGGCAAACCAACAGAUAAGGAAGUGGAGAAGGUGGCUUACAAUUCGGAGUGUUUUGGCCCCUCAUGCUCUGCGAAAAAUGGGAAAAUGCAUGGACUGAUAGGAAGUUGCAUGGAUAUGGAAAGAUGCAUCGCUAACUGUGGUGGAAGUUACGAAAUCGGACCCCGCGGGCCGGACGGAUGUCAGUCAUGCACGUGCAAUCCGGAGUGA